AUGCUGUUUUUUACAGUCAUUGCUCAUAGUCCGAUAUAUAACCCCAGCAUUGGGAUACCUUAUUUCGAGCAGUGCUACACUAUUGAAAAGAAACUUGGGCAAGGAUCGUUUGGAGAGGCUUAUGCCGUAUACUGCAAGGAGGAUGGUCGGCGAUAUGCUGUGAAACGAGCAUUGGAUGCAUUCAGAAGUUCAGCGGAUCGUACCUUGAAACUACGCGAAGUUCAGAAACAUGAGCUUUUACCGAAACACAUCAAUCUCGUCCAGUUUUACAAGGCGUGGGAGGAAAAUGGCCGGCUGUACAUUUUAACGGAGUUAUGUGAAAGAAGCCUACUGGAUUACUGCACCGAAUUGCAUACGAUACCGGAACGAGAAAUAUGGAAUAUUUUCAUUGAUCUUUUGAGGGCUGUCGAUCAUUUGCACAAAAACGACCUUCUUCAUGUUGAUAUAAAGCCAGAGAACAUCUUCCUGACAAAGGAUAAAGUGUGCAAGCUGGGCGAUUUCGGGCUCAUAUUCGAUCUUAAGAAUGAUACAUCGUACACUCCUGAGGAAGGAGAUGCAAAAUACCUUGCUCCUGAGGUCUUGAACGCGUCUCCUACGAAAGCUGCAGAUGUAUUCAGUAUAGGAAUUACCAUACUCGAGGUGACUACCGAUAUAGAUUUACCUUCACGCGGCGACACCUGGCAUCAAAUUCGGAGUGGUCAUAUACCAGACAGAUUUUUCAAAGGUGUGUCUAAAGACCUUACUCGUUUAAUUAAAUGGUUGAUGUCUCCUGAUCCGGCUUCGCGCCCCACAACGACACAAGCACUCUCAGAUUCUGCCAUAUCUUGUAGAACGCCAGUUCGUUCAGCUUACCUCGCUUAUCACCAAGUGAUGGUCACAGUUACCGAACACACUAGCAGCGUUCUGCUUUGGUUAGUAGCAUUGGCACAUCUACUGGCAAUUCCGUUCCUAAUGUUCUUUGAUGCUUUACGGAAAAAGAAAAAUGAUGUUUGUACAACACCGUACAAGGGAAAUGUGUAUUUUUCGGCGCACACCCCUGAGGUGAAUGGAUCUAUUCGUCAUAAGCGAAUGUCGCGUUGGGGCGAUGAGGACAGUGAUACAGAAAGUCGUUUAUCUCGUCAUAGCUUUACAACUUUGAGUCGAAGGUUUUUGGAAAUGGACGAUCUCCGGAGUAAUGGUGAUCCUUUUCCAAGAUAUCGCCUGAAUUUUGAUGAUGACACGCCGUCGUCCUCAAGCGAAAACACUAGGGCGGUCCACACUCCGACCGAAAACACUACACCUAUGAGCCGUCAUUCAAAGUCUGAGAGUAAGGUUGGCAAAGUUGAUUCACGAGUGUCAGCUAGUGAAGCUAGCAAGUGGAAGUCGGGAUGUUCUGACUGGUCGCCGACAAACAAGCGACGUUUCAAUGAUUCAGAUGAUGACUCGGAGCGUUCACCAAAAACUCGCAUAUAUCUAGCACAACUAGUUCAGCCGAAGAAAGUGUCUAAACGCAGUAAUCCUGAUCUCUUAACCAGUUUGAAAACUGGAAUUGUCUCUAUUUUACGUAUAUUACUAAUACUGAAAUGGUAA